CCCUCUCCUUAGACAAAAGCUUGGUAACAGGCUAUAACAGUGGGCAACAGUGAGGAAGCAGAGCUUUAUCCCCCGCCCGCCCGUCGACCCCGCACACUCUACCCUGUCUCUCUCAGUUUUCUCUCACCACACCGAUAAAGAACCUAUCUUUUUCUUGCAUUUAAGUUAUUGCUCUGUAUAGCGUAUGCUCCAAGCCCAAGACGGUAAGAUUUUGGAAGCUAUUAUGGCGGAGAUAAUGGGGAUAGUAUAGUGGGUUUCUCAGCUUCCUCACUCCACUUUAGGGUUGUUUUUUUGUUUCUUACAGUAUGGGUUACAUCUCAAGAAAGCUAUUGCCUGCGUGCGAAAAUGUUUGCCUCUGCUGUCCAGCGCUAAAGCCGAGUUCCCGACGGCCGGUGAAGCGGUAUAAAAAGCUGCUUUCCGAAAUCUUCCUAAAAAAUCUUCAGGAUGGAGUCCCAAAUGAAAGGAAGAUAAUAAAGCUUUGCGAAUAUGCUGCCAAGAAUCCUUCCCGCAUCCCCAAGAUAUCAAGUUUUAUUGAGCAAAAAUGCUACAAAGAGUUACAAAGUGAGCAUUUUAACUACAUCAAAGUUACCAUGGAGGUCUACUGUAAACUUCUUUCUUUAUGUAAGGGGCAAAUGGCAUAUUUUGCUAGAAACCUUUUGAGUGUUGUCACCGCACUUUUGGAUGCAAAGAAGCUAGAUCAUUUAAGGAUUCUUGGGUGCCAAACAUUAACAAGAUUUAUUUAUAACCAGGCUGACGGUACCUAUGCAUGCUGUAUCGAGAGUAUUGUUCCUAAGGUUACUAGGCUGGCACGAGAGGAUGGAGAAGAGCAUAAUAAUCAACUAGUAGCUGCAAGCCUUCAAUGCUUGUCAUCAAUGGUUUGGUUUAUGUCUGAAUAUUCAUACAUUUUUUCUGAUUUUGACGAGAUCAUCUAUGCUAUCCUAGAUAAUCAUGGGGUUGACAAGCAACCGAAGGAUGCUGAUGAAGGAUUGGACAAACAUCAUAAUUGGGUUGAUGAAGUCAUUAGAUGUGAAGCAAGAGCAGGGCCAAUCUUGCAUGAUGAUGGCAGUCUAAACAAUAUGAUAAUUCAACCAUUGCCAGAAAUGAAGAAUUCCGAUGUGCUAACAAGAGAGGAGUACGAAAAUCCGAAAGUAUGGUCACAAAUAUGCAUUCAAAAACUGGCCGAACUAGCAAAGGAGAGCACAACAAUGCGCAGGAUACUUGAUCCAAUGUUUACCUACUUUGAUUUGCACAAACAUUGGGCUCCUAAGCAUGGCUUGGCUCUGAAUGUUUUAUUGAAUAUGGCAUGUUUGUCAAAAAUCUCUGGAAAUGAACAAUUUAUCUUGAUUGCUUUAGUACGACAUCUAGACAACAAGGAUAUCAUGCAUGAUCCUCAACUAAAGUCCAACAUAGUUCAGAUUGCCACUUCCUUGGUUAAACAGCUAAGAUUACGGUCUGUAAUUGCUGAAAUUGGUAUUGUAAGUAAUUUAUGUAGACAUUUGAGAAGAAGUCUCCAGGUUACCGUAGAAAUGGUUAGACCUGAGGAAUCAAGCUGGAACUUCUUGCUUCAAGAUUCUAUUGAAGAUUGCUUAUUGGAGAUUGUUAAAGGGAUUGGUGAUGUAAGCCCACUUUAUGACAUGAUGACUAUAACCCUUGAGAAGCUUGCCAGUAUUGCUAUUGUUGCUAGGGCUACAAUUGGAUCUUUGCUGAUCCUUGCUCGUAUAAUUUCUUUGACAUCUUCUCGGUCUCAUUCAGAACUGAUAUUUCCAGAGGCACUGUUGGUGCAGCUUUUUAAGGCAAUGCUACAUCCUGAUGUUGAGGCCCGUGUAGGAGCUCAUAUGAUAUUUUCCGUUCUCAUUGCUGGAACACUAAUUCAUCCAAGAUAUGAGCCAGAGUGUUUGUAUGAAUCUAAGAAAUUGCAUUUCAGAACUACGCCAGCAUUUGCCUCAACAACUGCUCUGCUUGAAAAACUCCAAAGGGAAUAUGGAAAUGGGAUUAAGCAAGGAAAUGACAUGCAAAAUGAAAGUAGCAUAAAGGAUAUUAACAAAGGUGAAUGGAAACAUGGAUGGAUUCAGAAAAGUUCACCAUGUUUUCAUAAAUUAAGCUGCUCAAUCAUUGACAGGACUGCCAUUUCCAAUUAUUCGCAUGCAGCGGAAUCAUGUUCGUUUAUCUUAAAUGAAGAUCAAAUUGGUCAAUUGCUUUGUGCAUUUUGGGGGCAAGCUCAUCAGCCAGAUAACUUUCCUUCAAAUUAUGAGGCUAUAGCUCUUUCAUUCCACCUAACAGUCCUUUCUUUUCAUCGUAAGAAUACAAGCCAUAGCACCACUGCCCAGCUCUUUCAGUUUUUGCUGUCUCUUAUAAACUCUUCAUUGGACCCUAAUGGAACAUUGCCUCCAUCAUCCCGAAGGUCACUUUUUACACUUUCAGCGGCUCUACUGGCUUUUACAGCAAAGCUAUGUGAGAUUCCUGAGUUGAUAGAUUCGCUAAAGCAUUUAAUAGCUUACCAUGUUGACCCAUACCUAAAAGUUGGCGAUGACUUUCUUUUGUACGCUAAACCUCAAGCCAACCUGAAAGAGUAUGGUUCUGAAGCUGACCAAGGCACUUCCCUGUCAUCUUUAGCUGAAUUGAGAAAGAAAAUGAUUGAAUGUGGUCCACAUUUUAUUGAUGUUAUAGUUCAGCACCUUUCCGUAUUAACCAACAUGGACAAAAAUGACAUAGCCAAGCUAAUUUCUGCCACUUUCACACCUGAGGAUGGGGAUUGGACUUUAUGGAUGUCGAUUCCAUUCGUGGGAUGGGAUUUCAAUAGGGCUCUUACAAUUUCUUCUGAAGAAUCUUUUCCUUUUGCUAAGGAAAAUUUAAGCUCAUCGAUGGAUGGUGAUCUGGCAGUUGAAUGCUUGUCUACUGAUCUUCCAAGAUUGCAUCCCUCGAAGCCUGAACAGCCAUCAAUACCACAAUUUAUGAGUGUUGGGCAGCUGUUAGAAUCGGCAUUGCAUGUAGCCGGUCAAGUGUCUGGCUCAUCAGUCUCAACUUCACCCCUUCCAUAUGGCACCAUGGCCAGUCAGUGCGAGGCCUUCGGCAUGGGCAUGAGGAAGAAGCUGUCAACCUGGCUAGUUUCUGGGCACGAUGAAGUACUUCAGAAUCCCUUACAAGCUAUCCACGGGAGUGACAAAUUAGCAAAUGGGAAGGUGCAGAUUACAGAUUCUCAGCAGGUACUGGUUGGCCAAUCAUGGCGGGUUCUGAGGCUUCCUCCUGCAAGUCCCUUUGACAACUUCAUGAGAGCUGCUGGGUGCUAGGUGUAAGCUUUAUCUUGUCUUUAGUUAUAGUAUUCCUAUUUUCUCGUACAAAGUUGUCUUCUAAAUCUGAAGUUGGUUUUUGACUUGUUUGCCAUCUUAGCUCCAAUUCUGGUAUUCCUUCUGUAAUGUUGUGUUCAAAAUCCUUUGAUGAUUUGAGAUAUGAAGAUAGUUGGUCUAACCUGGUAGCUUGGAUAGGAGAUUAGAUUCUAAACCUGAUAACUUAAUGUUUAAUUGAUCCUUCUGUAGCUGGUAGGAUUACCUGUUGUUCAAUGGAAGAAUAUCUAAUUAGAGUUUCAAUGUAUGGAUGUGAUUUGAUUUCCCAUCAUCUGAAGUACAAGAAGCUUGUUUUAUUUGUGGUUGUAAAUUCCUUGAAUGAUUUA